AUGACUUCCUACCCAGUUGGCACAGAAGAUCUUCUCGUUCAAGAUCAAGGCUUUCGAGCCAACACAGAUGUCGACUCGGAUGACCCUGAUUUCUCAUCAGAGGAAGAGCGUAGUCCAGAACCAGAGGAAUCAAUCCAGGGUCCUUCAAUUGGUUUUUCUAAGCGUGGAAAGCCUGACGCCGAUAGUGCUGGCCCAGAUGCAGCCAAGAAAUACCAGACUCUUCAACAGACCGCCGAGCCUCGUAAGACUAACAAACCACCUCCGAAAGACAAGCCCAAGCCAGCCAAUUACUCUGGCACUAGCAAGUGA